UCCACAACAACCCUCCCCCCUUUUUUUCUUUCUUUCUUACGUGUAUAAAAGAGACAGAGUUUGGGUCUGUGUUCACAUUCAGCCCACAGCUCUUCACUCAUACAGACAACAUGAAGGCCUGCCUGAUCCUGCUCAUCCUGCUGCCUCUGUGCCUGGGCGACUUUCAGAUCCGCUGCAAAGGGGAGGACUUUCUGAUGGUGAGGGAUAUGGUGCUUCAGUGUUCCAGCAAGACCCAACAGGCCUGCUACACCAGGAAGACAGGGGAAAAGGGAUGCACCCGUCUGGAGAUGUGCAAGAGACCCGGCUGGACUUGCUGUCAUGAGGACCUGUGCAAUGCCUAACUCCUCCACCAGGGGUCACAACAGCAUCAGUCCGCUACGCAUGGCAGCAUAGACCAGUCCUUUUUAGUCUGUCCAAUGGCUGCUGCCCAGUAGGGUGACCAGGUGUCCUGCUUUGCGUUAUCCCACACAUAAUACUCAUCGCACGUUUGGUCUGUUUGCAUCGGGUCACCCUACUGCCUACAGACCACAGCUCAUUAGCCUUAUGGAGAUGAAUGCAGUUACUGUUCCUUCCUAGUUCUCUUUGUACUGUUUGUUGAAAGAAUAUAAACAUAUGUGAAACAA